AUGUAUUUGCCAAAAAUUUCGAGAAACAAAAUACUGCGACAGUUUUUAAAACGCAUGCAAAGCGUUAAACAGCCGUCUUUACCACCUACUGCAGAUGCCGCUUUUGGACACUUCAAAAGAGUAUAUCUGCAAAUUCAAACAUGGCUCGGAAAAGAAAUAACAUCAGAAGAAUGGGGUUGGAAAUAUAAAUGCGGAAUGCUGAUACCGCAAAUAAUGACGCAUCUACCAGCUCCAGAAUCCUUACUGAAAAUGAUUAUUAGCACAUGUAAAUCAGGAUGCGGUGCAUCUUUUGGGUGCAGAAAAAGUAGAUUAAAUUGCACUGUAGCUUGUUUAGAAUGCAAUGGU